GCCGAUCAUUCUGGGGAAUUGGAGGCUUCAACUCUGCACUCGAUAAGCAGGCGUUUCAGCCUUGAACUACUCAGUGGAGGCUUUUGUUUUUCUCUUGCACCUAUCUCGGGUUUCUCGCUCACAUUUGUACAGAAAAAGAUGACCGCUUUUCGGAUAUAAGUACCUCUUGCCAGGCCGAACCCUAUCUCGAAUGCUGCGCGAGAAAAUGUCAAGAGAAACUUCAAGCACGACACUCUAGAUACCACAGGUUGACGAUUAAACCGACGCCCUCUUAAUGAUAAAUUCUGUGUUCUGCCAGCCCCAAUAAUAAUAAGAGUCGAAAGCCGCCACUUUCAGCACGAUGCGGUCGGUGAUAAGUCGGCUGCAAUCAUUGAGGAAUCCCACGCGGAAAUUAUCAUGGACUCGGAACUUUUCAGGCUCCCUAAAGCGACUAGAAAUUAGAGACGUUGAUACGCUCCCAGAGCGAUUAAUUCCCAGAUAUCAUGAGUCGAACGAGAACGAUCUCCUUUCACUUCAGUGGCCCGCGGCCCCCAGAAACAUUUUUGUCGUGAAGAAAGACUGCGCGCCAGAGGUCACCCGAUCGUUAAUUGAAUUCAUCAGUCACACAGCAUCCACAUAUCCGUCACUUGGCAUCAUUUUAGAACCGAGUGUAGCAGAGGAAGUACACUUGUCGUUGCCGUUCCCCGUUUAUUCGGCUUCCUUAGAGAAGCUGCCCUGUGCAUUACAUAGGAAGGUGGAUCUCAGCGUUACCCUAGGCGGCGAUGGAACGAUUCUACAUGCUUCCUCCUUAUUCGCCACGUGCGUCAAUGUUCCACCGAUGCUAUCGUUUAGCAUGGGUACACUUGGAUUCCUGGGCGAAUGGAAGUUCAGUGAAUAUAAGCGCGCAUUUCGCGAAGUGUACAUGUCCGGUGCAGGAGUGGGAGACCGCGCUUCUGCCCUUGGGGUUCCUCACUCCUUGGGUGCCGAAGAACGAUCAGAAGUGAUAACGGGAUGGUCGUCAGUUCGCGGCAAAUCUAUGGGUUUUAAUCGAGGUGCCCGUAUUCUGAUGCGGAACCGCCUCAAAGUGGCGUUGUUUACUGCCGAUGGAAAACCCGCAGUAGCAGAUAAGUGUUCAGAACCCGCCCAAGGUAUAGGAAGUGAGGGACUGUAUGUGAUGAAUGAAAUACUCAUCCACCGCGGAAAGGAGCCGCACCUUGCCAUUGUGGAUGUAUAUGUGGGAGGAAGGUUUCUCACAGAAGCUGUGGCAGACGGCAUCAUCAUUUCCACGCCGACUGGAAGUACAGCAUACAGUCUUAGUAGCGGAGGCAGUAUCGUUCACCCUCUUGUGCCAGCAGUACUCCUAACACCAAUCUGUGCUCGAAGCCUCAGCUUCAGGCCCUUAGUUCUGCCGGCUAGCACACCAAUUACGCUUCGUCUGAGCGAGAAAAACCGAGGACGGGAACUGGAAAUCAGUAUCGAUGGUGUCAACAUGACUCAAGGGAUGACAGCUGGAAUGGAAGCUCGGGUGUGGAAUGAAGAGAUGCGGCACGGCAAAAAUGAAUGGCAGGGCGGGGCGCCGUGCGUGAUGCGGAGGGUCAUGGGCAGCGAGGCUCAUGAUAGCGAAGCCCAUGAUGGGUGGGUAGGAGGACUGAACUCGUUGCUUAAAUUUAACUACCCAUUCGGGGAGUAGCAAAUUAAAAAUGGAUGGAGCUCUGGUCCGUCUCUGUAUACUUCGGGGGAAUCACCCCCAACUCAUAUACUAUGUAUCUAUUAUUCUCUAAUAUCCUCAACAACCCCUUCACGAACACCCCCAUGUCGAAGUACUAGUCAUUCAACCAUCCAAGAAUACUCUUACGUCAACGGCCCCUUCAAAGCUCAAAUUCCAUCCGUUUGACCUAAGAAUUGAUUAAGGGGUAAUAUCGGAAACCUGUGGGCCUUUCCUCUGAACCGAUCUUUUUGGUGGAGCACAGUCAGUAUCCGUAACCCAAGCUUCAAAU